CCUAGUCUUUCCAAGCUAAAUACUUCUCUUCUAGUCCUUGGUGACUUUGAAAUGAAAUCAGAGGCCUCAGGACAAAGGACUGCUUUUUUUUUUUCCCACUCCCCUCUCCCCAGAGGACUACUUCUUAAAUAUAUUUCUUAUUUUCCCAGAAGCAAUUAUUUUUCUGUUGCUCACCUUUCAAUAUGAAGGAGGAUCAGGUUGUGGAAGAACCAGGAUUCCAAGAUGAAGAGGAAUCUUUGUUUCAAGAUAUUGACCUGUUACAAAAACAUGGAAUUAACAUGGCUGACAUUAAGAAACUGAAAUCAGUAGGAAUCUGUACCGUCAAAGGGAUACAGAUGACAACAAGAAGAGCACUAUGCAAUGUCAAAGGACUCUCAGAAGCCAAAGUGGACAAGAUUAAAGAGGCAGCAAACAAACUAAUUGAACCAGGAUUCUUGACUGCGUUUGAGUAUAGUGAAAAGAGGAAAAUGAUUUUCCAUAUCACCACCGGGAGCCAGGAAUUUGAUAAGUUGCUAGGAGGUGGAAUUGAAAGCAUGGCAAUUACAGAAGCUUUUGGAGAAUUUCGUACUGGAAAAACCCAGCUCUCUCAUACCCUCUGUGUGACAGCUCAACUUCCAGGAGCUGGUGACUACCCAGGAGGAAAGAUCAUCUUCAUUGAUACAGAAAAUACUUUCCGUCCAGAUCGCCUUCGGGACAUUGCUGAUCGCUUCAAUGUAGACCAUGAUGCAGUACUGGACAACGUACUUUAUGCACGUGCAUAUACUAGUGAACAUCAGAUGGAGCUACUUGAUUAUGUAGCAGCAAAGUUCCAUGAGGAACCUGGCAUCUUCAAGCUAUUGAUUAUCGAUUCAAUAAUGGCACUUUUUCGAGUGGAUUUCAGUGGCCGUGGGGAGUUGGCUGAACGGCAGCAAAAAUUGGCCCAGAUGUUAUCACGACUCCAAAAAAUCUCAGAAGAAUAUAAUGUGGCUAUUUUUGUGACCAAUCAAAUGACUGCUGAUCCAGGAGCAACUAUGACCUUUCAGGCAGAUCCCAAAAAACCUAUUGGGGGACACAUUCUAGCUCAUGCUUCAACAACAAGAAUAAGCUUGCGAAAGGGAAGAGGAGAACUCAGAAUUGCCAAGAUUUAUGACAGUCCUGAGAUGCCUGAAAAUGAAGCCACCUUCGCAAUAACUGCUGGAGGGAUUGGGGAUGCCAAGGAGUAGGUGGUGAAUUGAUGCAAAUUGCUUCUUAGUGCUUAUUAGGAGCUGAAGAAAUGGAAAACCAGUCUCCAAUUUCACAUCUUGAAACACAGGUUUUUUUUCCCCAUGUUAUUAAAAGUCAGCAAAAGAGAUUUAAAUAUUAUAUUUAUCUUAAAAGUCCCUGAUUUAUAAUAACUAUACAUUGUAUGUAAAGUCAGGGAUAUGUAUGUGUGUGUGUGUGUAUAUAUAUAUAUCUGACAUAUAUAAAUUUAUAUACCUAUUGAAAUUCUCUCACUCUGUGUAUGCAUAUAUACCUAUGGAAAACUAGUUGUUGGGAAAGGGGUACCUGAUUCCCUCCCUUUCACUUUUCAAAGUGACCCACUAAGCAGGUGGAAACUCUAAGGGUUCAGAAAUGUCCCAUCCUCCUGAAGACUUUCCCUUCACCAUUUUUCUAGGGUGCAGUGCCACUGACUACAGAGCUGGAUGUUUUUCCACAGGAGGAUUUAAGGGAGGAAUGUUUAUAGAACACACACAAAAAAGCUCUUUCUAUUUAUAAUAUCAAACUGCAUAUUCACCUUUAUAGCAACAAAAAACAAACAUUAAAUUAAG